CGAGCCGAAUGCGGUCCCGUGAGCCGGCCGGAGGCAAACCGGAUUGGGAGCAGCGCCCUCUGGUGGACGCCAUCAGGUACGAGUCAGAUGACGAACCAAGAGUGGAAAACUGACGAGAACGGGAAACGGAUAUGUGUGUGUGUGUGUGUGUGUGUGUGUGUGUGUUAGGCUGUGCCAGAGUGCGUGUAUUUUUCUUGCAGCACCUCUGCACCAAAACAGCAGCACGGCACCUCCCGUUCACAUGGAACACACACACACACACACACACACACACACACACACACACACACACACACACACACACAGCUGCAACCUUCUCCAUCUUCAUCGCUUGGUCUCCUCCGUGCCUUUUUUUUUUGGUUCUUUUUUUAUGAAUGCCGCUUCGUUUCAUUGACAAACAGAAGGACUGGGAGGGGCGAGGAGCGGCUGUGUGUGUGUGCAUGGGGGUGGGUUCACUGCAGCUGCGCAAAAUCUUCAUCUCUCACACACACACAUACGAAAACUUGCUCACUCACAGAGAUGGGCGCGCGCUCGUUCGCGUACACACCCACCCAUCAAUCGAGUAAAAAACUCGCUGAGAGGCGUCGCCGAGGCGAGGGGGGGGGUGAGAGGAGCCAUGCGCGGGGGUCGUCGGGGGUCCUUCGCAGAUUGGCGAAGCGCGCCAAUGGACUCGAAGACGCGCGCCGACGCAUCGCGGCGGUGAACGCCUCACCCCCCCUCCCCCCCCACGACAUGUCGCGCGCGGCGGCCAUCGCCAGCUCGCUGAUGCGCCAGAAGCGGCAAGCGCGGGAACGCGAGAAGGCGAGCGCGUGCCUCGGCGGCGACGCCGCCAACGACGGCGCCGACGGCAAACUGAACGUGUUCGCGCGCGUCAACUUGUUUGGCGCCCGCAAGAAGAGGAAGCGGAGGAGGCCGCCAGAGCCGCAGCUGAAGGGCAUCGUGACGCGACUGGCCAGUCGGCAGGGCUUCCAGCUGCAGCUUCAGCCCGACGGCACCAUCGACGGAACCAAAGAAGACGACGCCGCCUACGCUGUGUUCAAUCUGAUCCCCGUGGGACUUCGUGUGGUCGCCAUCCAGGGCGUCCAAACCAAACUGUACUUGGCCAUGAACUGCGAGGGCUUCCUCUACACCUCUGAACACUUCACGGCUGAGUGCAAGUUCAAGGAGUCGGUGUUCGAGAACUACUACGUGACCUACUCGUCCAUGCUGUACCGGCAGCAGGCGUCGGGCCGCUCGUGGUACCUGGGCCUCAACAAGGAGGGCGCCGUCAUGAAGGGCAACCACGUCAAGAAGAACAAGGCGGCCGCGCACUUCAUUCCCAAACCGCUCAAAGUGGCCAUGUACAGAGAGCCGUCCCUUCACGACCUGACGGAGUUGUCGCGCUCAAGCAGCGGCACGCCGACCAAAAGUCGCAGCGCUUCGGCUCUGCUCAACGGAGGGAAGUCGGCGAGCAACGACGACCUGUCCUAGCCCACCCGACUCUCACACAACCACACACAUGCAUCUACAUCCUCUGUUCUUGUGUUUACCGUGCCCCAUCUUGCCGGCGAGAAACUAUGUUGAAGUCAGUUGAGGAGCUUCGUUUCCACAAAAAGUCGCGCCGCGCUGGCAACGAGACAGCUUUUAUGGACGAGUCGCUCUUUUUGUGCGCAUCACGCACCAUCCUGGUGCCGAGGAACGACGGCAAAGUCAUUCGAGGUGUGAAUUUGGCUGACAUCCGCAGGCAAUCAGAAACCUUUUGGAAAGGGGAGGGGGGCGAUUCGCCACUUUUGGGGUGUGAGCGCCCACCGAUUGUUCGUUUUUUUUUUGC